AUGGCACUACCGUUCCGGAAGGACUUAGAAAAGUACAAGGACCUGGAUGAAGAUGAGCUCCUUGGGAAUCUGUCAGAAAUAGAACUGAAACAACUGGAAACUGUGCUGGAUGAUCUUGACCCUGAGAAUGCCCUUCUGCCUGCAGGGUUCCGACAGAAGAACCAGACCUCAAAGCCGGCCACGGGGCCCUUUGACAGAGAACACCUCUUGUCAUAUCUGGAGAAGGAAGCUUUGGAGCAUAAGGACCGGGAAGACUAUGUGCCCUACACUGGAGAGAAAAAAGGGAAAAUAUUCAUCCCUAAACAGAAACCUAUCCAGACUUUUACAGAAGAAAAAAUCUCUCUUGAUCCAGAAUUAGAAGAAGCUUUGACAAGUGCUUCUGAUACAGAACUGUGUGACCUCGCAGCUAUUCUUGGAAUGCACAAUUUGAUAACGAAUACACAGUUCUGUAAUAUAGUGGGAAGUAGUAAUGGUGUCGACCAAGAAAAUUUUUCAAAUGUGGUAAAAGGUGAGAAGAUGGUCCCAGUAUUUGAUGAGCCACCAAAUCCAACCAACGUUGAAGAGAGUUUAAAGAGAAUUAAAGAAAAUGAUGUUCGUCUUGUUGAAGUUAAUUUGAAUAAUAUAAAGAAUAUUCCAAUUCCAACCCUGAAAGAUUUUGCGAAGGCUUUGGAAACCAACACACAUGUGAAAUCUUUAAGUCUUGCAGCCACGCGGAGCAAUGACCCUGUUGCUUUUGCUUUUGCAGAGAUGCUGAGAGUGAACAAAAAUUUGAAGAGCUUAAAUAUGGAGUCCAACUUUAUCACAGGAGCUGGGGUUCUAGCACUGAUUGAUGCCUUAAGAGAUAAUGAGACCUUGGCCGAGCUCAAGAUUGACAAUCAGAGGCAACAGCUGGGGACAGCUGUAGAAUUGGAAAUGGCGAAGAUGCUUGAGGAAAAUACAAAUAUCCUUAAGUUUGGAUAUCGGUUUACACAGCAGGGACCCCGAACCAGGGCAGCUAAUGCUAUAACGAAAAAUAAUGACUUAGUUCGCAAGAAGCGAGUGGAAGGAGACCACCAGUAA